AGUGUCUCGCCACCAGUCUGGACAGGAGGAAUGGAUGUAACCUGUGCCUCACCAUCACUGGGCAGUGGGCACCGACCUGGGACUGUGUGAGCAGCGCAUCCCGAGCCCCACCAUCAGGACCUCAGGCAGCGCAGGCCAAUUCUUCUGAGAGUGAAAAAAAAAUGGCAUCUUCUACAAAGCCCACAUCCUCCUCUAAAAAGAGAGUAAAAAUCCACCCAAACACAGUGACUGUGAAAUACACAUCUCACUACCCACAGCCUGGGGAAGAGGGUUACGAGGACAUGUACGAAGACGGUGGGAAUUAUGUUGAAGAUAACCCAAAGAAAAAACUGUUGGGUGCCACUAAGAACCGAGGGAGGACAUUCUUUGGGACGAUCGCGACUUCAUCAGAAGGACAAAAAGACACUGAGAUGGGACAACAACCACAACCACCACAACAACAACAACCAGAAACCCCUGGGCAAAGUGCAACCCCUGCGUCCAAAGUAACUUGGGCGGCUUUGUUUGGUGCGGCUUUAGCUCAUGGUUGCGUGGCGUUAAUAACACGACUUGCUGCUGAUCGCUCUAAAGUGCCAUCGCUGGAGCUCCUCUUCAUCCGGUCUGUGCUCCAGAUCUUCUCUGUUCUGGUUGUCUGCUACAGUGGUGAGCAGCCUCUCGGACCGAAGGGCUACAGAAUGCGCCUGUUCCUCUAUGGGGUGACAAACGUUAUCUCCAUCACCUGCGCCUACACGUCCUUUGCUAUCGUUCCCCCGAGCAACGGGACCAUCAUGUGGAGAGCCACCACCACUGUCUUCAGCGCCGUGUUGGCUUUUCUGUUGGUUGACGAGCGAUUGGGCUACUCUGACAUUGUCACCGUGGUCUGCAGCGUCUUUGGACUUUGCCUGGUGAUGAUCCCCAACAUCGUCGAUGAAGACAAUUCCUACGUGGGCAUUUGGAAGGAAGCCUUUGGUUACACCAUGACAGUCAUGGCAGGGUUGACCACAGCGCUGUCCAUGAUCAUUUACAGAGCUAUCAAAGAAAAAGUUAGCAUGUGGACUGCGCUCUUUACCUUUGGUUGGACAGGUACAAUUUGGGGAGCGUCCACUAUGUUUAUUCUUCAAGAGCCCAUCAUACCAUUGGAUGGAGAAACCUGGGGCUAUCUAUUUGGGAUCUGUCUCUGUUCUACUGUGGCUUUCCUAGGUGUGUAUUAUGCAUUAAACCGGUUUCACCCAGCGUUAGUUAGCACGGUUCAACAUUUAGAAAUUGUAGUGGCUAUGAUUCUCCAGCUGUUGGUACUCCGCAUGUUUCCAUCAGUUUAUGACCUUAUUGGUGGGGCGAUAAUCAUAUUCAGUGUCUUUGCUCUGACAGGCUACAAGCUUUACCGCGUCAGACAAAAUAGCAGGAGAGAUUACCUGGAGAUAACCGAUUCCCCUAUCAAAUGAGUGCCAAUAAUGCCGUAAAAUUGUCAGAAAAUGUUAAAUGUAAGCAAGCGCAGAGCUCAACUCUAUGAAUGUCAAGCAAUGUGCAAUGUUUUUGUAUCGUGGUGUUGAAAGAUGGUUAUUUGUGUUACCUUCUCUUGGAAUAUCGUGUGGAAUAAAAUGUGCGGCAGACAAUUUUAGAGAGUAUGUACUUAUUAAUGACUGAUACCCAGUGUUACAUUUACAUACAGUACUCCAUUUCCCUCCCAUGUAGGAGAAUGAGUAAGUUUGCAUGUAUAUUUUGUCCAGAAGUCUGAAAGGUUUUGUCCAGCUACGAUAUUAAUCCUUCGGUAUAGAAACUAAUGAAAUUAGUGAUUUUAAUAAAAGCAUUGUCGUGAAUAUUGCACAAAUUAUAAUUUUAUAGUCAGUUGAAGUGCAU